GACAAGAAAAAGUUCGUAAAGAUGUGGGAACACAAAAUCGACGACAAGGAGUGUGAGGUGGAAGCUGAAGCAAACAAGAAAGCAAAGAAGGACUUGGAAACUGCGCUGAAAAAGCUGCAGACAGACGAAACCUACCUCAAAGUGAAAGAGGAGAUAAAGGAACAGGAGAUGCAAGGAAAGC